AUUUUCAUUGCAAUCGCAACAUUUAUACUCACUUAGGUCGUAUCAUUGUGAAUUGUUACCGUUUGAUUUUCUCAACCCAGUCUCCUUGUUUACUUCUCCACUUGUUUCAAACUCGCUCCGCUCAGCCGUCUCGCGGACAAAUUCAACUAAUCAGCGUAGACGGAACCACCGGAAGUCCCACCCUACUAUUUCCGGUGUACAAAACUUCCAGAAUCCAUUUCCAACAUGCCGCCUGCCGGGCAGAAGAUGUAACACAGAGACGUUACAAAACACUGGACUUUCACUUACAUAAAGCACUUCUCACGUGUGGUGUGUGUGCAUGAAAAUAACAAUUCAACGAAGAAGAAGGAGCGCUUUCCUAUUGCACUGAAAUGGCACGGGCAAAGAAGGCUCCUUCAGAAGCAUCUGAAUCGAAGCAGAAGUCGAGGAAGCAGAACGGAGAAACGUCUGGAGCUGCAGGACAAACCAUCUCCAAGAAGCUACGGCAGAAGAUGGACGGAAAGACCACAUUGAAAACAGGGCCUGUUUUCCCAACCACCAUGACCAAGUUUUCAGUUGGGAAGAGAAGUGGACCAGGAAGCAUCCUGCACUACAUUUACCAGAGUACACUGGGGCAGAGCCUUCAUUCUCAGAUGAGACAGUGUCUCCAGGAGCCGUUUGUACGUUCCCUGUCCUCCUAUAAGCUCCAUCGUACAGCCAGUCCGUUUGACCGGCGGGUCACCUGUCUGGAGUGGCACCCCACACACCCCACUACGCUGGCGGUCGGCUCCAAGGGAGGAGACGUGGUCCUCUGGGACUACAGCGUGCUCAACAAGACCAGCUUCAUACAAGGGGUUGGUCCUGGAGGCUCUAUUACAGCUCUGAAGUUUAACCCCUACAACCCCACUCAGCUGUUCACCUCAUCUGUCAGGGGAACCACCUCGCUGCAGGAUUUCAAUGGGACCACUCUCCGCGUGUUUACCAACACAGAGACAUGGGAUCUGUGGUACUGCUGUGUCAGUCCCUCUCCUGCUCGUUCCAGCUGUGAUACUGCUGUAUGUGUCGUUGAGGCAGAACAGAUGCUGGUGACAGAGAACAACAAUAAGGACCGAGUCUAUUGCCUGGGCAUGGAUGGACACCAG